GGAGCAGCUCCGCCGGGGGGACUGCACCGCCCGCCCUGCCGGACCCGCCCCGACCGGGGCUCGCCGCCUGCAGUAGCCGCAGCACCGCGACCUGGGGCCCCGCGCGGGCUGUGGCCGCGCCCCGGGGCUGAGCGCGCAGGCUGUGUGACCGUGAUUCCAGAGGAGAGAGAGAGACUGAGAAGACAGGAAGGAGGGGCGGGCUCUUGGCAAGGCAUCCACUCCUGAACUGAGUCCUGCAAAAGAUGGAGAAGGAAGAGGACACGACCCGGGAGCUGCUGCUACCCAACUGGCAGGGCAGUGGCUCCCAUGGGCUGACCAUUGCCCAGAGGGAUGAUGGCGUCUUUGUGCAGGAGGUGAUGCAGAACUCCCCUGCGGCCCGCACUGGAGUGGUCAAGGAGGGGGACCAGAUUGUGGGUGCCACCAUCUACUUUGACAACCUGCAGUCAGGUGAGGUGACCCAGCUGCUGAACACCAUGGGGCACCACACCGUAGGCCUGAAGCUGCAUCGUAAGGGGGAUCGCUCCCCUGAGCCUGGCCAGACCUGGACCCACGAGGUCUUCAGCUCCCGAAGCUCCGAGGUGGUUCUGAGCGGGGAUGAUGAGGAGUACCAGCGCAUCUACACCACGAAGAUCAAGCCUCGGCUGAGGUCAGAGGAUGGAAUAGAAGGGGAUCCUGGGGAGACCCAGAGCCGCACCAUCACAGUGACUAGAAGGGUCACGGCCUACACAGUUGACGUCACAGGCCGAGAGGGAGCCAAGGACAUCGAAUUUAGCAGCCCAGAGUUCAAGAUCAAGAUUCCACAGCAUGAAAUGACUGAAAUCUCCACUGUGGAUGUGGCCACCCACCCUGGCAAGACAGUGAUCAGAUUGCCCUCGGGCUCGGGGGCUGUGUCUCCUACUGCAGGCUCUGUCAUGGACAACUGGGCAGGGUCUGUUUCUGCUUCGGGACCAGAGCUCCAAGGUGCUGGCCACUCGAAGCUCCAGGUCACCAUGCCUGGGAUAAAGGUGGGAAGCCCAGGAAUCAAUGUCAGUGCAAAGGGCUUGGACUUAGGUGGCAAAGGAGGGGUCCACAUUCCAGGAGUGGAUGUCUCGUCUUCUCUUGGAGGGGGAGCAGUGGAGGUGCAGGAUCCGUCUCUGGAGAGUGGCAGUAAUGGGAGAAUUAAAAUUCCCACUCUGAAGGUGCCAAAAUUUGGUGUUUCGACAGUGCCUGAAGGCCAGGCACCAGUGGCAGGGCUGAGCAUUUCCACACCUGAAUUCUCUGUGGGGCGCCAGGGUGGCAAACCAGGCCUGAUGGUUGGUGGGAACAUCCAGACCCCACAGCUAGAAGUCAGUGUUCCUUCUGUCAAUAUCGAGGGGCUUGAGGGGAAGCUGAAGAGCCCCCAGAUCGCCGGGCCAUCCCAUGAGGGUGACCUAGGCCUGAAAGGUGCCAAGCCACAGGGGAGCACAGGGGUGGGCAUCUCUGUGCCGCAGAUCGACAGCACUGUCACUGGCCCCAGUGUGGAAGUUCAAGCUCCCGACGCUGGUAUUCACGGGUCUGGGGGCAAACUGAAUAUGCCCAAGAUGCAAGUUCCCAAAUUCUCUGUAUCAGGUUCUAAGGGAGAGGGAGCUGGUGUUGACGUGACACUGCCCACAGGUGCAGUGACUCUUCCUGGGGUGUCUGAGGAUGUCAGCCUGCCUGAAGUUGCUGUUGGGGGGCUGGAAGGGAAAGUGAAAGGCACCAAAGUCAAGACUCCUGAAAUGGUUAUUCAGAAACCUAAAAUCUCCAUGCAGGACGUGGAUUUGAGCUUUGGGUCCCCUAAAUUGAAGGGAGACAUGAAGGUUUCAGUGCCUGGUGUACAAGGUGAUGUCAGAGGCCUGCAAGUGGCCAUCAAAGGCUCCAAAGUGGACAUAGAGACCCCGAGCCUUGAGGGGACCCUGGCAGGACCCACACUGAGUAGUCCUUCUGGGAAAAUGGGAACAUGCAGUAUCUCAAUAGCAGAUGUUGACUUAAAUGCAGCUGCACCUAGAGCGAAAGGGGGUGUAGAUAUCCCCAAAGUGGAAGGGAAAGUCAAAGUCCCUGGGGUUGAUGUCAGAGGCCCCAGAGUGGAUGUCAGUGCCCCAGAUGUGGAGGUCCAUGGCCCAGAAUGGAACCUGAAAAUGCCCCAGUUUGGCACUCCAGGAGUUGAAGGGGAAGGCCUGGAUGUAGAUGUGAAACUACCCAAAGGCGAAGUCAGUAUUGCAGGGUCCACAAUCAAUGUGGAGGCCCCAAAUGUCAACAUAGGGGGCCUGGGAGGCAAACUUAAAGGCUCUGAUGUUAAGCUGCCAGAAGUGAGUGUCAAGACACCAAAGAUGUCUAUGCCUGAUGUGGAUUUGCACGUUAAAGGCACAAAGGUGAAGGGAGAGUAUGAUGUAACAGUACCAAAACUUGAAGGAGACCUAAAGGGCCCUAAAGUGGACAUUGAUGUCCCAGAUGUGAACAUUCAAGGACCAGACUGGCACCUGAAGAUGCCCAAGAUGAAAAUGCCCAAGUUCAGUGUGCCAGGUUUCAAAGCCGAGGGCCCAGAAGUGUACAUGAACCUGCCUGAGGCUGAUGUGGAUAUUUCUGGGCAUAAGGUAGACGUUAGUGCUCCUGAUGUGAACAUUGAGGGACCAGAAGGGAAAUUGAAAGGACCUAAGUUUAAGAUGCCUGAGAUGAAUAUCAAAGCCCCCAAAAUCUCCAUGCCAGAUGUGGACUUACAUCUGAAAGGCCCUAAAGCAAAAGGAGAAUACGACAUCACAGUGCCAAAAGUUGAAGGUGAGAUUAAGGUUCCUGAUGUUGAACUUAAAAGUGCCAAAGUGGACAUCGAUGCUCCAGAUGUGGCUGUUCAGGGCCCAGACUGGCACCUGAAGAUGCCCAAGAUGAAAAUGCCCAAGUUCAGCAUGCCUAGCUUCAAAGCAGAGGGCCCAGAAGUGGACAUGAACCUGCCCAAGGCCGAUGUUGACGUCUCAGGACCCAAGGUGGACACUGAUGUUCCAGAUGUGAAUAUCGAAGAAGCUGAGGGAAAGCUGAAGGGUCCCAAGUUUAAGAUGCCUGAGAUGAACAUCAAGGCCCCUAAGAUCUCCAUGCCUGAUGUGGAUUUGCAUAUGAAGGGUCCCAAGGUAAAGGGGGAAUAUGAUGUUACAGUGCCAAAGAUGGAAGGGGAGCUCAAAGGGCCAAAAGUAGACAUCAGUGCCCCAGAUAUUGAAGUUCAUGGUCCUGAAUGGAACCUCAAGAUGCCCAAGAUAAAAAUGCCCAAAUUUACCAUGCCCAGCCUCAAAGGGGAGGACCCACAAGUGGACGUGAACCUGCCCAAGGCUGAUGUAGACAUUUCUGCACCCAAAGUAGAUAUUAGUGCUCCAGAUUUGAGCCUUGAAGGACCAGAAGGAAAGUUGAAAGGCCCCAAGUUUAAGAUGCCUGAGAUGCACUUUAAAGCUCCAAAGAUGACUCUGCCAGAUGUUGACUUGGAUCUUAAAGGACCCAAAAUGAAAGGCAAUCUAGAUGUGUCUGCACCAAAAAUAGAAGGUGAGAUGAAAGUUCCAGAUGUGGACAUCAAAGCACCAGAUGUGGACGUCCAAGGAGCAGACUGGAGCCUGAAAAUGCCGAAGAUGAAAAUGCCCAAGUUCAGUGUGCCGAGUUUGAAAGGCGAAGGCCUAGAUGUGGACAUGAACCUACCCAAGGCUGACAUUGACAUAUCAGGACCCAAGGUGGACAUUGAAUCCCCAGAUGUGAGCCUUGAGGGCCCAGAAGGGAAGCUGAAAGGCCCUAAGUUUAGGAUGCCAGAGAUGCACUUCAAGGCUCCCAAGAUGUCCAUGCCUGAUGUGGACUUACACUUGAAAGGUCCCAAGGUGAAAGGGGAUGUGGAUGUGUCUGUGCCCAAGAUAGAAGGUGAAAUGAAAGUGCCAGAUGUGGACAUCAAAGGACCCAAAGUGGAUGUCGAUGUCCCAGAUGUGGAUGUUCACGGCCCAGACUGGCACCUGAAGAUGCCCAAGAUGAAAAUGCCCAAGUUCAGUGUGCCAGGCUUCAAAGGCAAGGGCCCAGAAGUGGAUGUGAACCUGCCCAAGGCUGACAUUGAUGUAUCAGGACCCAAGGUGGACAUUGAAGCCCCAGAUGUGAGCCUUGAGGGCCCAGAAGGGAAGCUGAAGGGACCCAAAUUUAAGAUGCCUGAGAUGCACUUCAAGGCUCCCAAGAUCUCCAUGCCUGAUGUGAACUUGAAUCUGAAGGGGCCAAAACUAAAGGGAGAUGUGGAUGUGUCUGUGCCUGAUGUAGAAGAUGAAGUGAAAGUGCCACAUGUGGACAUUAAAGGGCCGAAAGUUGACAUUGGUGCUCCAGAUGUGGAUGUCCAUGGCCCAGACUGGCACUUGAAGAUGCCCAAGGUGAAAAUGCCCAAGUUCAGCAUGCCAGGCUUCAAAGGUGAGGGCCCAGAUGUGGAUGUGAACCUGCCCAAGGCAAAUGUUGAUGUCUCAGGGCCCAAGGUGGAUGUUGAAGUUCCAGAUGUGAAUAUUGAUGGUCCAGAGGCGAAAGUAAAAGGUCCUAAAUUUAAGAUGCCAGAAGUGAAUAUAAAGCCUCAGAAGAUAUCCAUGCCAGACGUUGGUUUGCAUUUGAAAGGUCCUAAAAUGAAAGGAGAUUAUGAUGUUACAAUUCCAAAAGUAGAAGGAGAGAUAAAAGCUCCUGAUGUUGACAUCAAGGGUCCCAAAGUGGACAUUAAUGCACCAGAUGUGGGAGUUCAUGGCCCAGACUGGCAUCUGAAGAUGCCCAAGGUGAAAAUGCCCAAGUUCAGCAUGCCUGGCUUCAAAGGAGAAGGCCCAGAAGUGGACGUGAACCUGCCCAAGGCCGACAUUGAUAUCUCAGGACCUAAGAUGGACAUUGAUGCUCCAGAUGUGAAUAUUGAAGGUCCAGAGGGAAAACUCAAGGGUCCCAAGUUUAAGAUGCCAAGCAUGAAUAUACAGACACACAAAAUCUCUAUGCCUGAUGUUGGACUUAAUCUGAAAGCCCCUAAACUGAAAACUGAUGUAGAUGUUUCCCUUCCCAAAGUGGAAGGAGACUUGAAAGGUCCUGAAAUUGACAUGAAGGCCCCGAAAAUGGAUGUGGAUGUUGGAGAUAUUGAUAUUGAAGGUCCAGAAGGGAAGCUGAAAGGCCCUAAGUUUAAGAUGCCAGAGAUGCACUUCAAGGCUCCCAAGAUCUCCAUGCCUGAUGUGGACUUACACUUGAAAGGUCCUAAGGUAAAAGGGGAUGUGGAUGUGUCUGUGCCCAAGAUAGAAGGUGAAAUGAAAAUGCCAGGUGUGGACAUCAAAGGACCCAAAGUGGAUGUCGAUGUCCCAGAUGUGGAUGUCCAUGGUCCAGACUGGCACCUGAAGAUGCCCAAAGUGAAAAUGCCCAAGUUCGGCAUGCCUGGUUUCAAAGGUGAGGGCCCAGAAGUGGACGUGAACCUGCCCAAAGCCGACAUUGACAUCUCUGGCCCCAAAGUGGACAUUGAUACUCCUGAUUUGGAUAUAGAGGGACCAGAAGGAAAAUUAAAAGGCUCUAAAUUUAAGAUGCCUAAGUUGAAUAUCAAAGCUCCUAAGAUAUCCAUGCCAGAUGUGGACUUGAAUUUGAAGGGACCUAAGAUGAAAGGAGAAAUGGAUUCUUCUGUGCCUGAACUAGAAGGUGAUCUCAGAGGUCCACAAGUUGAUAUCAAAGGCCCCAAUUUGGAUGUGGAGGUGCCUGAUGUUGAUCUGGAAUGUCCUGAUGCGAAAUUGAAAGGCCCUAAAUUUAAGAUGCCAGAGAUGCACUUCAAGGCUCCCAAGAUGUCCAUGCCUGAUGUGGACUUACACUUGAAAGGUCCCAAGGUGAAAGGGGAUGUGGAUGUGUCUGUGCCCAAGAUAGAAGGUGAAAUGAAAGUGCCAGAUGUGGACAUCAAAGGACCCAAAGUGGAUGUUGAUGUCCCAGAUGUGGAUGUUCACGGCCCAGACUGGCACCUGAAGAUGCCCAAGAUGAAAAUGCCCAAGUUCAGUGUGCCAGGUUUCAAAACAGAGGGCCCAGAAGUGGAUGUGAACCUGCCCAAGGCUGACAUUGAUGUAUCAGGACCCAAGGUGGACAUUGAAGCCCCAGAUGUGAGCCUUGAGGGCCCAGAAGGGAAGCUGAAGGGACCCAAAUUUAAGAUGCCUGAGAUGCACUUCAAGGCUCCCAAGAUCUCCAUGCCUGAUGUGAACUUGAAUCUGAAGGGGCCAAAACUAAAGGGAGAGGUGGAUGUGUCAGUGCCAAAAUUGGAAGGAGAUUUGAAAGGCCCCAGUGUGGAUGUGGAGGUGCCUGAUGUUGAUCUGGAAUGUCCUGAUGCAAAAUUGAAAGGUCCUAAAUUUAAGAUGCCAGAGAUGCACUUCAAGGCUCCCAAGAUGUCCAUGCCUGAUGUGGACUUACACUUGAAAGGUCCCAAGGUGAAAGGGGAUGUGGAUGUGUCUGUGCCCAAGAUAGAAGGUGAAAUGAAAGUGCCAGAUGUGGACAUCAAAGGACCCAAAGUGGAUGUUGAUGUCCCAGAUGUGGAUGUUCACGGCCCAGACUGGCACCUGAAGAUGCCCAAGAUGAAAAUGCCCAAGUUCAGUGUGCCAGGUUUCAAAACAGAGGGCCCAGAAGUGGAUGUGAACCUGCCCAAGGCUGACAUUGAUGUAUCAGGACCCAGGGUGGACAUUGAAGCCCCAGAUGUGAGCCUUGAGGGCCCAGAAGGGAAGCUGAAGGGACCCAAAUUUAAGAUGCCUGAGAUGCACUUCAAGGCUCCCAAGAUCUCCAUGCCUGAUGUGAACUUGAAUCUGAAGGGGCCAAAACUAAAGGGAGAGGUGGAUGUGUCAGUGCCAAAAUUGGAAGGAGAUUUGAAAGGCCCCAGUGUGGAUGUGGAGGUGCCUGAUGUUGAUCUGGAAUGUCCUGAUGCAAAAUUGAAAGGCCCUAAAUUUAAGAUGCCAGAGAUGCACUUCAAGGCUCCCAAGAUGUCCAUGCCUGAUGUGGACUUACACUUGAAAGGUCCCAAGGUGAAAGGGGAUGUGGAUGUGUCUGUGCCCAAGAUAGAAGGUGAAAUGAAAGUGCCAGAUGUGGACAUCAAAGGACCCAACGUGGAUGUCGAUGUCCCAGAUGUGGAUGUUCACGGCCCAGACUGGCACCUGAAGAUGCCCAAGAUGAAAAUGCCCAAGUUCAGUGUGCCAGGUUUCAAAACAGAGGGCCCAGAAGUGGAUGUGAACCUGCCCAAGGCUGACAUUGAUGUAUCAGGACCCAAGGUGGACAUUGAAGCCCCAGAUGUGAGCCUUGAGGGCCCAGAAGGGAAGCUGAAGGGACCCAAAUUUAAGAUGCCUGAGAUGCACUUCAAGGCUCCCAAGAUCUCCAUGCCUGAUGUGAACUUGAAUCUGAAGGGGCCAAAACUAAAGGGAGAGGUGGAUGUGUCAGUGCCAAAAUUGGAAGGAGAUUUGAAAGGCCCCAGUGUGGAUGUGGAGGUGCCUGAUGUUGAUCUGGAAUGUCCUGAUGCGAAAUUGAAAGGCCCUAAAUUUAAGAUGCCAGAGAUGCACUUCAAGGCUCCCAAGAUGUCCAUGCCUGAUGUGGACUUACACUUGAAAGGUCCCAAGGUGAAAGGGGAUGUGGAUGUGUCUGUGCCCAAGAUAGAAGGUGAAAUGAAAGUGCCAGAUGUGGACAUCAAAGGACCCAAAGUGGAUGUUGAUGUCCCAGAUGUGGAUGUUCACGGCCCAGACUGGCACCUGAAGAUGCCCAAGAUGAAAAUGCCCAAGUUCAGUGUGCCAGGUUUCAAAACAGAGGGCCCAGAAGUGGAUGUGAACCUGCCCAAGGCUGACAUUGAUGUAUCAGGACCCAAGGUGGACAUUGAAGCCCCAGAUGUGAGCCUUGAGGGUCCAGAAGGAAAACUGAAAGGCCCCAAGUUCAAGAUGCCUGAAAUGCACUUUCAUGCCCCUAAGAUCUCCAUGCCUGAUGUUGAUUUCAACUUAAAAGGGUCUAAAGUCAAAGGAGACUUUGAUGUUUCUGCCCCAAAGCUGGAAGGAGAGUUAAAGGGUCCAGAAGUUGAUGUCAAAGGCCCCAAAUUGGAUGUUGAGAUGCCAGACGUAGCUGUGGAAGGUCCAGAUGGCAAAUGGAAAGGCCCUAAAUUUAAGAUGCCAGACAUGCACUUUAAAGCACCCAAAAUCUCCAUGCCAGACAUUGAUCUACACUUAAAAAGUCCCAAGAUAAAGGGAGAGGUAGAUGCUGAUAUUCCCAAAUUGGAAAGUGACCUCAAAGGGCCAGACCUCAAAGGUGACAUCAGUGGGCCAGAUAUCAACAUCAAAGGACCAGAGGGCAAAUUGAAAGGUCCCAAGUUCAAGAUGCCAGACAUGCAUUUCAAAGUCCCAAAUAUUUCUAUGCCUGAUGUGGACCUAAAUUUGAAAGGACCAGAAAUGAAGGGGGAUGUUGAUGUGUCUGUGCCUGAGGUAGAAGGCAAAAUUAAAGCACCAGAUGUGAACAUCAAGGGCCCCAAAGUAGAUAUAAAUGCUCCUGAUGUCCAUGGCUCAGACUGGCACCUAAAGAUGCCCAAGAUGAAAAUGCCCAAGUUAAGCAUGCCUGGUUUCAAAGCAGAGGGUCCAGAGGUAGAUGAGAAUCUUCCCAAGGCUGACAUUGAUGUCUCAGCACCCAAAGUUGACAUUGAAGUCCCGGAUGUAAGCAUUGAGAAUCCAGAGGGAAAAAUCAAGGGGCCUAAAUUUAAGAUGCCAGAAAUGAACAUCAAAGCUCCCAAGAUCUCCAUGCCUGAUGUAGAUUUACACUUGAAAGGUCCUAAGGUCAAAGGAGAUGUGAAUGUGUCUCUGCCUAAGGUGGAAGGUGACCUCAAGGGCCCUGAAGUUGACCUCAAGGGCCCCAAAGUGGACAUUGAUGUCCCAGAUGUGGAUGUCCAUGGCCCAGAUUGGCACCUGAAGAUGCCCAAGGUGAAAAUGCCCAAGAUCAGCAUGCCUGGCUUCAAAGGAGAAGGCCCAGAAGUGGACGUGAACCUGCCCAAAGCUGACAUUGAUGUAUCAGGACCUAAGGUAGAUGUUGAAUGUCCUGAUGUGAAUAUUGAAGGACCUGAAGGAAAGUGGAAAAGUCCUAAGUUUAAGAUGCCUGAGAUGCAUUUUAAGACUCCAAAGAUCUCCAUGCCAGAUAUUGAUCUUAAUCUAACAGGUCCAAAAAUAAAAGGAGAUGUUGAUGUCACAGGUCCCAAGUUAGAUGGAGACCUGAAAGGCCCUGAAGUUGACCUCAAAGGCCCUAAAGUGGACAUCAAUGUCCCAGAUGUGGACGUCCAUGGCCCAGACUGGCACCUGAAGAUGCCCAAGGUGAAAAUGCCCAAGUUCAGCAUGCCUGGCUUCAAAGGAGAAGGCCCAGAAGUGGACGUGAACCUGCCCAAGGCUGACAUUGAUGUCUCAGGACCCAAGGUGGACAUUGAGGGCCCUGAUGUUAACAUUGAGGGUCCUGAGGGAAAGUUGAAAGGUCCUAAGUUCAAGAUGCCAGAGAUGAACAUCAAAGCCCCCAAGAUCUCCAUGCCUGACUUUGAUUUGCACCUGAAAGGUCCCAAGGUAAAGGGCGAUGUGGAUGUGUCUCUGCCUAACGUGGAAGGUGACCUCAAGGGCCCUGAAGUUGACAUCAAGGGCCCCAAAGUGGAUGUCGACAUCCCAGAUGUGGAUGUCCAUGGUCCAGACUGGCACCUGAGGAUGCCCAAGGUGAAAAUGCCCAAGUUCAGCAUGCCUGGCUUCAAAGGAGAAGGCCCAGAAGUGGAUGUGAACCUGCCCAAAGCUGACAUUGAUGUCUCAGGACCCAAACUGGACAUCGAAGGCCCUGAUGUUAACAUUGAAGGACCAGACGGAAAGUUGAAAGGUCAUAAGUUCAAGAUACCUGAGAUGAACAUUAAAGCUCCAAAGAUCUCCAUGCCAGACAUUGAUCUUAACCUGAAAGGCCCUAAAGUGAAGGGUGAUGUGGAUGUGUCUUUACCGAAAGUGGAAGAUGAGAUUAAAGUUCCUGAAGUGGAUAUUAAGGGCCCCAAAGUGGAUGUCGACAUCCCAGAUGUGGAUGUCCAUGGCCCAGACUGGCACCUGAAGAUGCCCAAGAUAAAAAUGCCCAAGUUUAGCAUGCCUGGGUUCAAAGGAGAAGGCUCAGAAGUGGACGUGAACCUGCCCAAGGCUGACAUUGAUGUCUCAGGACCCAAAGUUGACAUUGAUGUUCCAGAUGUCAAUAUUGAAGGUCCAGAUGCAAAACUGAAGGGCCCCAAGUUCAAGAUGCCUGAGAUGAACAUCAAAGCUCCUAAGAUCUCCAUGCCAGAUUUGGACCUUAAUCUUAAAAGCCCUAAAAUGAAAGGAGAGUUAGAUGUUUCCCUUCCAAAUAUAGAAGGUGAUGUGAAAGGGCCUACUCUUGACAUCAAGGGCCCAAAGAUAGAUGUAGAAGCUCCAGAUAUUGACAUUCAUGGCCCUGAAGGAAAAUUAAAAGGUUCCAAACUGAAGAUGCCAGACAUGCAUGUGAACAUGCCCAAGAUCUCCAUGCCCGAAAUUGACCUGAAUUUGAAAGGCACAAAACUUAAGGGAGAUGUUGAUGUUUCUGGGCCCAAAUUAGAAGUUGAUGUUAAAGCUCCCAAGUUGGAUGUAAAGGGCCCAGAAGUGGACAUUUCUGGUCCUAAGGUCAAUCUUGAAGGCAAAUCAAAGAAAUCACGUUUUAAGCUUCCUAAAUUUAAUUUUUCAGGCUCCAAAGUUCAGACACCUGAGGUGGAUGUCAAAGUUAAAAAGCCAGAUAUUGAUGUGACAGGUACAAAAGUUGAUACUAAUGCUCCUGAUGUUGAGGUCCAAGGAAAAGUAAAAGGAUCCAAGUUCAAAAUGCCUUUCCUAAGUAUUUCAUCUCCUAAAGUUUCUAUGCCUGAUGUGGAGUUAAAUUUGAAAGGUCCUAAAGUCAAAGGAGACUUAGAUCUUACAGCUCCUAAUUUAGAAGGUGACUUUAAAGGACCCAAAGUAGAUAUUAAAGCACCAGAAGUUCAUCUUGAUGCACCUGAUGUGGAUGUUCAUGGUCCAGAUUGGAAUUUGAAAAUGCCCAAAAUGAAAAUGCCCAAAUUUGGUGCUCCUGGCUUAAAAGCAGAAGGGCCAGAAAUGGCUGUGGAUUUGCCAAAAAAAGAUAUCAGCCUAGAGGGUCCCAGAAUGGACAUCGAGAGCCCAAAAAUCAAUGUGGAAGGUGUAGAAGGAAGCUUAAAAGGUCCCAAACUCAAGAUGCCUGACAUGCACAUCAAAACCCCCAAGAUCUCCAUGCCUGAUAUUGACUUAAACCUGAAAGGUCCCAAGGUAAAGGGUGAUGUGGACGUGUCUCUGCCCAAGGUGGAAGGUGACCUUAAGGGUCCUGAAAUUGACAUCAAAGGGCCCAAAGUGGACGUCGACGUCCCAGAUGUGGAUGUCCAUGGCCCGGACUGGCACCUGAAGAUGCCCAAGGUGAAAAUGCCCAAGUUCAGCAUGCCUGGCUUCAAAGGAGAAGGCCCAGAAGUGGACGUGAACCUGCCCAAGGCCGAUAUUGAUGUCUCAGGACCCAAGGUGGACAUUGAUGUUCCAGAUGUCAAUAUCGAAGGUCCAGAUGCAAAACUGAAGGGCCCCAAGUUCAAGAUGCCUGAGAUGAAUAUCAAAGCUCCAAAAAUCUCCAUGCCUGACCUUGACUUUAACCUGAAGGGCCCCAAAAUGAAGGGCGGUAUGGAUGUUUCUCUGCCUAAGGUAGAAGGUGACCUCAUAGGCCCUGCAAUUGAUAUUAAGGGCCCCAAGGUGGACAUUGACACUCCUGAUAUUAACAUUGAAGGCCCAGAGGGGAAACUGAAAGGCUCCAAGUUCAAGAUGCCAGAGAUGAAUAUCAAAGCCCCCAAGAUCUCCAUGCCUGAUAUUGACUUAAACCUGAAGGGCCCCAAGGUGAAGGGUGAUGUAGAUGUUUCCCUUCCUAAGUUUGAAGGGGAUCUUAAAGGCCCUGAAGUAGAUCUCAAAGGGCCCAAAGUGGAUGUCGAUGUCCCAGAUGUGGAUGUCCAUGGCCCAGACUGGCACCUGAAGAUGCCCAAGGUGAAAAUGCCCAAGUUCAGCAUGCCUGGCUUCAAAGGAGAAGGUCCAGAAGUGGACGUGAACCUGCCCAAGGCCGAUAUUGAUGUCUCAGGACCCAAACUGGACAUUGAAGGCCCCGAUGUUAUGAUUGAGAGUCCUGAGGGAAAGUUGAAAGGUCCUAAGUUCAAGAUGCCAGAGAUGAACAUCAAAGCCCCCAAGAUCUCCAUGCCUGACUUUGAUUUGCACCUGAAAGGUCCCAAGGUAAAGGGCGAUGUGGAUGUGUCUCUGCCUAACGUGGAAGGUGACCUCAAGGGCCCUGAAGUUGACCUCAAGGGCCCCAAAGUGGAUGUCGACGUCCCAGAUGUGGAUGUCCAUGGCCCAGACUGGCACCUGAAGAUGCCCAAGGUGAAAAUGCCCAAGUUCAGCAUGCCUGGCUUCAAAGGAGAAGGCCCAGAAGUGGAUGUGAACCUGCCCAAAGCUGACAUUGAUGUAUCAGGACCCAAGGUGGACAUCGAUGUUCCAGAUGUCAAUAUUGAAGGUCCAGAUGCAAAACUGAAGGGCCCCAAGUUCAAGAUGCCUGAGAUGAACAUCAAAGCCCCUAAAAUCUCCAUGCCUGACUUUGAUUUGCACCUGAAAGGUCCUAAGGUGAAAGGAGAUGUAGAUGUGUCUCUGCCUAAAGUGGAAGGUGACCUCAAGGGCCCUGAAGUUGAUAUCAAAGGGCCCAAAGUGGACAUUGAUGUCCCAGAUGUGAAUGUCCAUGGCCCAGACUGGCACCUGAAGAUGCCCAAGGUGAAAAUGCCCAAGUUCAGCAUGCCUGGCUUCAAAGGAGAAGGCCCAGAAGUGGACGUGAACCUGCCCAAGGCCGAUAUUGAUGUCUCAGGACCCAAGGUGGACAUCGGUCCAGAUGUCAAUAUUGAAGGUCCAGAUGCAAAACUGAAGGGCCCCAAGUUCAAGAUGCCUGAGAUGAACAUCAAAGCCCCCAAGAUCUCCAUGCCUGAUAUUGACUUGAAUCUGAAAGGUCCCAAGGUAAAGGGCGAUGUGGAUGUGUCUCUGCCUAAGGUGGAAGGUGACCUCAAGGGCCCUGAAAUUGACAUCAAAGGGCCCAAAGUGGACGUUGACGUCCCAGAUGUGGAUGUCCAUGGCCCAGACUGGCACCUGAAGAUGCCCAAGGUGAAAAUGCCCAAGUUCAGCAUGCCUGGCUUUAAAGGAGAAGGCCCAGAAGUGGAUGUGAACCUGUCCAAAACUGACAUUGACAUCUCAGGACCCAAGGUGGACAUAGACACUCCUGAUGUUGACAUUCAUGGCCCAGAGGGGAAACUGAAGGGUCCCAAGUUUAAAAUGCCUGACCUACACUUCAAGGCACCUAAGAUCUCCAUGCCUGAGGUGGAUAUGAAUCUGAAGGGUCCCAAGGUAAAGGGCGAUGUGGACGUGUCUCUGCCCAAGGUGGAAGGUGACCUCAAGGGCCCUGAAGUUGACAUCAAGGGCCCCAAAGUGGAUGUCGAUGUCCCAGAUGUGGAUGUCCAUGGCCCAGACUGGCACCUGAAGAUGCCCAAGGUGAAAAUGCCCAAGUUCAGCAUGCCUGGCUUCAAAGGAGAAGGCUCAGAAGUGGACGUGAAUCUGCCCAAGGCGGACAUUGAUGUCUCAGGACCCAAGGUGGACAUCGAUGUUCCAGAUGUCAAUAUUGAAGGUCCAGAUGCAAAACUGAAGGGCCCCAAGUUCAAGAUGCCUGAGAUAAACAUUAAAGCCCCCAAGAUCUCCAUGUCUGACCUUGACUUUAGCCUCAAGGGCCCCAAAAUGAAGGGUGAUGUGGAUGUUUCUCUGCCCAAAGUGGAAGGUGACCUUAAAGGCCCUGAAAUUGACAUCAAGGGCCCCAAAGUGGACAUCGAUACUCCUGAUAUUAACAUUGAAGGCCCAGAGGGGAAACUGAAAGGCCCCAAGUUCAAAAUGCCAGAGAUGAAUAUCAAAGCCCCCAAGAUCUCCAUGCCUGACUUUGACUUAAGUUUGAAAGGGCCAAAGGUAAAGGAGGAUGCAGACCUUUCUUUACCUAAGAUGGAAGGUGAUCUAAAAGGGCCAGAGGUAGAUAUUGAAUGUCCUGAAGGGAAGCUCAAAUGUCCCAAAUUUAAAAUGCCUGAUGUCCAUUUCAAAACCCCACAAAUCUCCAUGAGUGAUAUUGAUUUGAACUUGAAAGGACCUAAGAUAAAGGGAGAUUUGGACUUUUCCAUUCCUAAUCUGGAAGGAGAUCUGAAAGGACCCAAAGUGGAUGUUAAAGGCCCUAAUCUGGACAUGGACACUCCUGAUGUUGACAUUCAUGGCCCAGAGGGGAAACUGAAGGGCCCCAAGUUUAAAAUGCCUGACCUACACCUCAAGGCACCUAAGAUCUCCAUGCCUGAAGUGGACAUGAAUCUGAAGGGUCCCAAGGUAAAGGGCGAUGUGGAUGUGUCUCUGCCUAACGUGGAAGGUGACCUCAAGGGCCCCAAAGUGGAUGUCGACGUCCCAGAUGUGGAUGUCCAUGGUCCAGACUGGCACCUGAAGAUGCCCAAGGUGAAAAUGCCCAAGUUCAGCAUGCCUGGCUUCAAAGGAGAAGGCCCAGAAGUGGACGUGAACCUGCCCAAGGCCGAUAUUGAUGUCUCAGGACCCAAGGUGGACAUCGAUGUUCCAGAUGUCAAUAUUGAAGGUCCAGAUGCAAAACUGAAGGGCCCCAAGUUCAAGAUGCCUGAGAUGAACAUCAAAGCCCCCAAGAUCUCCAUGCCUGAUAUUGACUUGAAUCUGAAAGGUCCCAAGGUAAAGGGCGAUGUGGAUGUGUCUCUGCCUAAGGUGGAAGGUGACCUCAAGGGCCCUGAAAUUGACAUCAAAGGGCCCAAAGUGGACGUUGACGUCCCAGAUGUGGAUGUCCAUGGCCCAGACUGGCACCUGAAGAUGCCCAAGGUGAAAAUGCCCAAGUUCAGCAUGCCUGGCUUCAAAGGAGAAGGCCCAGAAGUGGACGUGAACCUGCCCAAGGCCGAUAUUGAUGUAUCAGGACCCAAGGUGGACAUCGAUGUUCCAGAUGUCAAUAUUGAAGGUCCAGACGCAAAACUGAAGGGCCCCAAGUUCAAGAUGCCUGAGAUGAACAUCAAAGCCCCCAAGAUCUCCAUGCCUGAUAUUGACUUGAAUCUGAAAGGUCCCAAGGUAAAGGGUGAUGUGGAUGUGUCUCUGCCUAAGGUGGAAGGUGACCUCAAGGGCCCUGAAAUUGACAUCAAAGGGCCCAAAGUGGACGUUGACGUCCCAGAUGUGGAUGUCCAUGGCCCAGACUGGCACCUGAAGAUGCCCAAGGUGAAAAUGCCCAAGUUCAGCAUGCCUGGCUUUAAAGGAGAAGGCCCAGACGUGGAUGUUACUCUCCCUAAAGCUGACCUCGAUAUUUCUGGGCCCAAGAUGGACAUCAGUGCCCCAGAUGUGAAUAUCGAAGGUCCAGAUGCAAAAUUGAAGGGCCCCAAGUUCAAGAUGCCUGAGAUAAAUAUCAAAGCACCCAAAAUCUCCAUGCCUGAUGUUGACCUGGAUUUGAAAGGACCCAAAAUCAAAGGAGAUCUUGACGUGUCUGUCCCUAAGACUGACGGUGCUUUCAAAGGCCCAGAAGUAGAUCUUAAAGGUUCAGGUCUGGAUUUUGAAGGCUCAGAUGCCAAGCUCAGUGGCCCAAAUUUGAAGAUGCCUUCGCUGGAUAUUUCUGCCCCAAAAGUAACUGUCCCUGAUGUUGAUUUGCAUUUCAAGGCACCCAAAAUUGGGGUUUCUGGUCCCAAGUUGGAAGGUGCUGAAGUGGACCUCAAAGGGCCCAAAGUUGAUUUAGAAGCUCCAAGCUUAGAUGUACACAUGGAGAGCCCAGAUAUUAAUGUCGAGAGUCCAGACAUUAAAAUUCCCAAAUUUAAGAAACCCAAGUUUGGUUUUGGGGCAAAAAGCCCCAAAGCUGACCUCAAGUCACCUUCCCUGGAUGUGACUAUGCCUGAGGCAGAGCUGAAUGUUGAGACUCCUGAAAUUAGUGUUGGUGGCAAGGGCAAGAAAAGUAAGUUUAAAAUGCCCAAAAUUCACAUGAGUGGCCCCAAAAUGAAAGCCAAAAAACAGGGAUUUGAUUUGAAUGUUCCUGGGGGUGAAAUUGAUGCCACUCUCAAGGGUCCUGGUAUGGAUGUCAAUGUUGUUGGGCCCGAUGCCAUGCUUAAAGUUGAUGUGAAAUCCCCUAAAACCAAGAAACCUAUGUUUGGGAAAAUGUACUUUCCAGAUGUAGAAUUUGACAUCAAAUCAUCUAAAUUUAAGGCCGAGGCCCCUCUCCCUAGCCCUAAAAUGGAGGGUGAAAUCCAGGCCCCUGAUCUGGAUAUCUCUUCACCGGGGAUUCAUGUGGAAGGUCCUGACAUCAAGCUGAAGGCUCCCAAGGUCAAGAUGCCAGGCAUGGAUGUCUCCGGGGCAAAAAUAGAGGGUGACCUGAAAGGCCCCAGGGUGCAGACAAACUUGGAUGCACCUGAUGUCAACAUUGAAGGCCUAGAUUCGAAAGUCAAAGCACCGUCGUUUGGCAUUUCUGCCACUCAGGCCUCCAUCCCUGAUGUGAAUGUUAGCUUGAAAGGACCAAAGAUAAAGGGUGAGGUCCCCAGGGUGGGGCUGGAAGGACCAGAUAUAGAUCUGCAAGGUCCAGAACCGAAGAUCAAGUUCCCCAAGUUUUCGAUGCCCAAGAUUGGUGUCCCUGGUAUGAAGAUGGAAGGCAGAGGAGGAGCUGAAGUCCACGCCCAGCUGCCCUCUCUUGAAGGAGGCUUGAGUGCACCCGAUGUUAGGCUUGAAGGGGCUGAUGUGUCUCUGAAAGAGCCAAAAGUAGACUUGCCUUCAGUGAACCUGUCUAUGCCAAAAGUCUCUGGACCUGACCUUGACCUGCACUUGAAAGGACCAAGUUUGAAGGGAGACCUGGAUACCUCUGUUCCUAGUGUGAAGGUGCACACUCCAGGGCUUGACCUCAGAAGUCAAGGUGGAAAGGUGAGGAUGGAAGGAGACGGUGUGAAAGUGCCUGGGAUUGAUGCCUCAACAACACUGAACCUUGGCGCACCAGACGUGGCCCUGAAGGGACCAAGCCUACAGGGAGACCUGGCUGUCUCUGAUGAUGUCAAGUGCCCUAAAGUAUCAGUAGGUGCUCCUGAUCUGAGCUUGGAGGCCCCCGAAGGCAGCAUUAAACUUCCCAAAAUGAAGCUGCCCCAGUUUGGCAUCUCAACUCCAGGGUCCGACUUAGACAUGAACGUCAAGGGGCCACAAGUGACUGGAGAGCUACCGGGGCCAGGCAUGGAUGUGAACCUUGGAGCCCUGAACCUAAAAGGGCCUCAGAUCUCUGGCCCUCAAGUCUCGGCACCAGACAUGGACUUGAAAUUGGAAGGACCAAAAAUAAAAGGGAGCCUUGGGGCUGCUGGUGAGAUGACAGGUCCCACUGUUGGAGGAGGUCUUCCAGGCAUCAGUGUUCAAUGCCUAGAAGGAAACCUCCAGAUGCCUGGAAUUAAGCCCUCUGGAUGUGAUGUGGAGCUGCUGGGUGUGAAUGUGAAGCUCCCAGCAGGGCAGAUUUCUGGUCCUGAAGUCAAAGGCGAUCUAAAAGGUUCAGGAAUAGGUUUCCAAGGGGCUGCUCCCGACAUUAGCAUCAAGGGGCCUUCACUUAGUACAGCUUCUCCUGAGUCAGAUUUCGGUGUCAGCUUGAAGGGCCUGAAAAUCAAAGGAGGUAUGGAUGUUUCCGGGGGUGUCAGCGCCCCAGCUGUCAGCCUGGGCGAAGGGCACUUGAGCAUCAAGGGACCCCAGGCCACCUCUGCUCUCAGCUUGGAUGCCCCGAAGAUUGCUGGGGGACUUCAUUUCUCAGGACCAAAGGGAGAAGGAGGGGUGAAAGGAGGCCAGAUUGGACUCCAGGGUCCUGGGCUGAGUGUGUCUGGGUUUCCAGGUCACUCAGAAAGCAGAUCUGGAAAAGUAACAUUCCCCAAGAUGAAGAUCCCCAAAUUCACGUUCUCUGGCCGUGAGCUGGUUGGCAGGGAAGUGGGGGUGGAUAUUAACUUCCCUCGAGCAGAGGCCACUGGCCACCAGGCUGGGGCCGGAGAUGGUGAGUGGGAAGAGUGUGACAUAAAACUUAAGAAGUCCAAGAUCAAAAUGCCCAAGUUCAAUUUUUCCAAACCUAAAGGGAAAGGUGGUGUCGCUGGCUCCCCGGAAGCAUCCAUCUCAGGCUCCAAGGGCGACCUGAAGAGCUCAAAGGCCAGCCUAGGUUCUCUGGAAGGAGACACCGACGACGUUGAAACAUCAUCCCCCAAAGGCAAAUUCUCUUUAUUUAAGAGUAAGAAGCCUCGGCACCGCUCAAACUCCUUCAGUGAUGAACGGGAGCUCUCUGCGCCUUCUACUCCGACUGGGACUUUGGAGUUUGAAGGUGGGGAUGUGUCCCUGGAAGGCGGAAAAGUCAAAGGGAAGCAUGGAAAGCUGAAAUUCGGUACCUUUGGUGGAUUGGGGUCAAAGAGCAAAGGUCAUUAUGAGGUGACUGGGAGCGAUGAAGAGGCAGGCAAGUUACAGGGGAGCGGAGUGUCCCGACUGUCCUCGUCUUCCAGCAAUGACAGCGGGACGAAGGUUGGCAUCCAGCUUCCCGAGGUGGAGCUGGUAGUCUCCAAGAAAGAGUAGCAGGCCCCUGUGUGUGUGUGUACAUAUAUGUAUAAAAGUACAUCAGCCUUGGGUGUGUCUGUAUAUAAACGCCAAAGAGAAACGCUGACAGCCUCAGCAUAAUGCAAAGCCCCGGCCUCCCUGCCCAUGCAAGUGCCGAAAGCCAACAGACAGCGUUAAUGCCCGGGUCAGAGCUUUACAGAUCUAAGUGUCAAGGGCUCCAAGUUUGUCCAGACCAUGUGCAGAGCCAACAGUGUUUGCCUUACGAUUUCAGGUUGUUUUUUUUUUUUUUUUUUUUUUUUGCAAUGAAUGCUGAGAGCUCCUGUUUACUAAGCAAGCUUUUGUGUUUAUUAUCCUCAUUUUUACUGAACAUUGUUAGUGUUGGGUCAUGGAAACCCACUUUUUCAUUGUAAUGACUUCUAGGGCUUUUGUUAGUAAGGGGGGUGGGGUAGAAGGCAGUAGCGGGGGCCAGACUCCCAUUUCUCCUAAGAUUGGAUCUGUUCGAUGGUGAACACCCAGGGAGGGCCGAGAGGAGCGUGUGGGGGUCUUGAGAUCUCUGCAGCAGUGCCUUCUCUGCCCCAGAGGUGGCGGUCCUCGCCAGUUUGGCGCUCAUGGUGAGACAGAAUGAGACCUGUUGGCAAAUGGGCCAACCCACCAGCUCAGCACGAGGGGCUUCCAUCCUGUGUAUCAUAGGAGAAAUGUUUUCUUCCUGGCUGCCACAUUCCUGAUACUAGUUCUGACUUCUUUUAAUAACUCUUAUCAUGAUUAAGAAAAUUUCCCACACUUUAAUGGCAAAUUAAUUGAGAAUGUCAGAAAAUCGAUGCUGUCAAAAGCAAAUAAAGCUGUUUAUUAACUCUGA